CGCGCGCGUGUGUGUUUAUAUGUGAGGGUGAGUGAGUGUGUGUGUGUGAGUAAUGCUGAGUCUGUCCCGCUCUCCCCGCACGCACACACGCACACGCACGCGCCAGCUUUCCCCAUGAUCCGAGGCCGCCGGGAGUUCGCCAGGCUCGCGCUGAAGAAGAGGAAAGUUUGCGUUUGGGAAGUUGAGCUGCUCGCGCUCGGCUCGUCAUGGACUCCGCUCCUCUGCUGCUGUACUGCGCCCUCAGCGCGCUGCUGCUGGCGGAGCGGCGCGCGGCUCUCUCGCACGCCAACCUCUCAGGGAAGCUGAGCGAGUACGGCCUGAUCGUUCCGUUCAGCACGGACUCCCGCGGCCACUACGUCUCACACGUCCUCUCGACUGCCGCCUCAUCUUUGGGGAAAAGUAAACGCCACGCCCGCAGCGUCCCCGAGAAGGAGAGAACCAGAGAAAGAGACACUCAGCAGGUGUUCUUUAACGUGACUGUGUUUGGUAAGGAGCUGCACCUGCGGCUGAAGGCCAAUAACAGGCUGGUGGCCCCCGGAGCCCACCUGGAGUGGCACGAGGACUUUGAGGAGAAGGCCAAGGUGCAAAUCCGUGGAAACUGUGUGUUCACUGGAGAUGUGACGGACAUGCCCGACGCCUCGGUGGCCAUCAGCAACUGCGAUGGCCUGGCUGGACUGAUUCGCACGAGUAACGGCGAGUUCUUCAUCGAGCCUCUGGAGAAAGGCCAGCAGGAGACAGAGGUCAAAGGCCGAGUUCAUGUGGUGUACCGCAGAUCUGCCAUUAAAAGAGAACCUGGAAGAAACCAGGAGGACCUCCAUAAUGAAGUGGCUGAUUUUGGAAUUGCCGAGCUACCGUAUGCUCUGGACGCGAUGGAGCGGAAGCUGUCGGAUUCGGAACGCAAACGCCGGCACGCUAAAAAAGACAACUACAACAUUGAGGUCCUGUUGGCCGUGGAUGACUCGGUGGUGCGUUUCCACGGCAAAGAGCACGUUCAGAACUACGUCCUCACACUCAUGAACAUAGUAGAUGAAAUUUACCAUGACGAAUCUCUGGGGACCUGCAUCAACAUCGUGCUCGUUCGUAUGAUCAUGGUGGGCUACCGUCAGUCGAUCACCCUGAUCGAGCGGGGAAACCCCUCCCGGAGCCUGGAGCAGGUGUGUAGGUGGGCGAACACCCAGCAACGGCUGGACCCCAACCACGCCGAGUACCACGACCACGCCAUCUUCCUCUCCAGGCAAGACUUUGGUCCUGCAGGUAUGCAAGGUUAUGCCCCGGUCACUGGCAUGUGCCACCCUCUGAGGAGCUGCACGCUGAAUCAUGAAGACGGGUUCUCGUCGGCGUUCGUCGUGGCUCAUGAGACCGGCCACGUGUUGGGGAUGGAGCACGAUGGUCAGGGGAACCGGUGUGGUGAUGAGACCAGUAUGGGCAGCAUCAUGGCUCCUCUGGUUCAGGCUGCGUUCCACCGAUAUCACUGGUCACGCUGCAGCAAGCAGGAGCUCAACCGCUACAUCCACUCGUAUGACUGUCUGCUGGACGACCCAUUCGAGCACAAAUGGCCUAAACUCCCGGAGCUGCCGGGCAUCAACUACUCCAUGGACGAGCAGUGCCGCUUUGAUUUCGGGGUGGGAUAUAAGAUGUGCACAGCUUUCCGCACGUAUGACCCGUGUAAGCAGCUGUGGUGCAGCCACCCUGAUAAUCAGUACUUCUGUAAGACAAAGAAGGGUCCGCCUGUGGACGGGACGGAGUGUGCUCCGGGAAAGUGGUGCUUUAAGGGUCACUGUAUCUGGAGAAGCUCCCACCAGCCCUAUGGCCAUGAUGGAGGUUGGAGCUCCUGGGGAAAAUUCGGUUCCUGCUCUCGUACCUGUGGGGGAGGAGUUCGGUCUCGCAGCCGUCAGUGUAACAACCCAACUCCUGCCUACGGUGGUCGUGACUGUCCUGGUUCUGCGUUUGACUAUCAGAUGUGUAACACUGAGGAGUGUCCUGGUCCGUAUGAAGACUUCAGAGCUCAGCAGUGCGUCCAGCGAAGUAACAAAUACCACAACAACAUCAAACACACCUGGCUGCCCUACGAGCACCCCGACGAGGCUCAUAAGUGUGAGCUGAGUUGUCGCUCUAAGGAAACAGGUGAGAUUGUGUUUAUGAACCAGGUGAUGCACGAUGGGACACGCUGCAGCUACACCGACCCCUUCAGUGUCUGUGCUAGAGGAGAGUGUCUGAAUGUGGGCUGUGAUAAGGACGUGGGCUCCUAUAAACAGGAGGAUAAGUGCGGAGUGUGCGAGGGGGACAACUCACACUGUCGCACCGUCAAACUGACGCUGACUAAAACACCUAAAAAGACAGGCCUGUUGAAGAUGUUCGAUAUCCCGGCCGGAGCGAGACACAUCGUAAUUGAGGAGAACGAGACGUCUCCACACAUCAUCGCGGUGAAGAACCAGGUCACGGGCAGCUUCAUCCUGAACGCAAAGGGAGAUGAAGUCAGAACGAAGACCUUCAUCGAGAGCGGACUGGAGUGGGAGUAUUCAGUCGAAGGAGAGAAGGAAGCGCUGAAAACCGUCGGCCCUCUCCACGAAGGCAUCGUGGUGCUGGUGGUUCCUCAGAAGGACGACACCAAGAUCAGUUUAACAUAUAAAUACAUCAUCCAUGAAGACCUGGUGCCCAUCAUCACCAACAACAAUGUCCUCCUGGCUGAGCUGGACACUUACGAAUGGGCCCUGAAGAGCUGGACCCAGUGCACCAAACUCUGCGGAGGAGGAGUUCAGUACACUAAGUACGGCUGCCGGAGGAAGAGCGACAGUCGCCUCGUCCAAAGGAACUUCUGCGAUGUCAAUAAGAAACCCAAGCCCAUCCGCAAACUCUGCAACAUGAACGAGUGCAGUCCGGCCACGUGGGUGGUGGAGGACUGGAGCCCCUGCAGUAAGACGUGUGGUAAAGUGGGUUAUCAGGCACGGGUGGUGCAGUGUGUUCAGCCUCUGCAGAAUGGCACCAACAGACCCACACACACCAAAUACUGCAGCGGAGAGCGACCUGAAACCCGCCAGGCCUGCGGCCCAAUUACUUGCCCAGCGCUGUGGAGGACAGGAGCAUGGUCACAGUGCUCGGUCACCUGUGGGGAAGGUAUCCAGCAGCGGCAGGUGGUCUGCAGAGGGCCCGACAGCAGCAGUGUGGCUGAAUGCGAGGGAGAGAAGCCUGUGAGCGUGUCCAUCUGCAAACUCCCACCAUGCCCAGGAGAGCCGUCAUUCCCCCCUCCAAUCGUGGACUUUAUGGACAACUACACUAUUGAUGGGGAGGAUUUAGCCAACGCACCUCUGAAUAAAAUCUCAAACGAGCCGUGUGUGGGUGACAAAUCUAUAUUUUGCCAGAUGGAGGUUUUGGCGCGGUACUGUUCGAUCCCCGGCUACAACAAGCUGUGCUGCGAGUCCUGCAGUAAGAAAAUGGGCGCUACCACGCCAGCACCAGGCCUGUACUCCUCCGCCUCGGUGCAGCCCGAGCUGAGCCUCCCUACCCAGCCGCCCACCUCCAGCCCCAAGCCCCCCAUUCUGUCGACUACGCCACCUCCGCUAACCCAUGCCGCUAAAGGUAAUGCUAGGAAACCACGCUCCACUGCGCCAGGUCUAACCGCAGCUGCCAUGAGCUCCAAACCGGUCAGCGUUUCUCCGGCUGAGGAGGUUUCUACCAAGCUGCUGUCCUCUGGUUCACCUCUACCUCCAGCACAGAGCACUAGCGCUAGCUCCACCGCUAGCGUUAGCACCACCCGUUUGCCCUCUCAGGACUCGGACGGGAAGAAGGAGAAAGCGAAACCUCGAAACAGCACUUUAGCCUCGCCGACCUCAGUCCAGACAGGCAGGAGAGACUCGCCCAACAGGAACUUACCGGUGGUCACAUGAACAUGACCGUGCUGCUUAGCAUCGCUGCUGCCUGACUGGUGCCGACUGUUGUCUCAUGCCAUCACCUCUUGGACGUUGAUUUGUUGUUCUGUUUUUGGUGCCAUGGACUUGUAAUGGGUUACCUCAGACCGUUAACCGCAUCUCCAGCCAGGUGAAACUACAUUAUUACCUGUUAGAACCUCAUCUCCCAGCAUCCUCUGCAGUACGUGAGAAAUGGAAAUAAGGAACCGGCAAAAAAUGUAAAAGGUGCUGUAAUUUUAAAAUGACUAUGAGUAACGUGUUGAAAUGCAGUGACUGCUUUGCUCCGAUCUACAACUACCAGCGUAGGCCGCUCUCCCAGUGAGCGAUCACUAAGGACGCACCCAAACCGCAGAAAAGCACAAAAUUAGGUACAGCCUUUUAAAAUGAUUUCAUUUAGCUUAAAAUAGAAAUAUAUCUUAAUCUUAAAUAUAUACACUGAUCAGGCAUAACAUUACCAUCCUCUAGUCCUUCAUCAGUGCCCACAGGAUAGUUUU